AUGCAGGCGAUCUCACCGGUUGGAACGCGUCUCAUUCUUGGUCGGCACUACUACCACCCCUCCUCUUCUUCCACGCCGGUUUUUGCUGGUCCUCCUCAGAGUAUUACCUUCGAUCCGGCCUCUUUUCCUUCACCGACAAUACUUUCCGUUCGUCAACAUCCCUUCACUCCCAUUGCUCGCACUGCGGAACCUCCGAAGCGAAAAACUCCGAGAGUCAAAUGCCCAGUUGAGCAGAGAGAAUACACUCGACGAGUACGUGACUACAAUUUCGGAUAGAAGCCUUUCCUUAUUUUAAUAACGUUCGUUAUUCCUGUGAUGUCGAACGGAAGGACUUUUACCUUCGGGUGCCCUCAGUUUGCUAUUUGUAGACUUAUGCUUAGCGUGCUUUGGAAGGCCCCUGCUUUGGCGAAUAAGCAAGGAUAGCCCCAACCAGCUUACGUCUUACUUAAUUUUUCUGUCAUAUCGCAACGCCAGUAGGUAGCUCAGUCACAUAGAGUGCGAUUAAAUUCACGAUCUCUGGUCGAGGCCUCUUAACUCAGAUGUUUAGAGUUUUGCCCUUGCUGUCGUGGAUUCGAAUCCCACCGAGGCUGCCGUGUUUUUCACAACUGGGUGAAAUGAAUCAUUCAGAUAGGACAGGAACACCAAUAAGUACAGAGUUAAUGUCAUUUUCACGCAUUCAAGCUGCAAUAAUUGGAGGUUUCCUUCGUCGUCUUGUGUUUUUGUCACUUACGAAGCCGAUGUGAGGUUAGCUGAGGACCAUUCGACACAGCUCCCGAAACCUACAGGACCAGCGUACUGACUCCUAUCUAGUGUUUUUGGUAGCAUAUAUGACAGACUUUGAUGGGUCCACAGGAAAUGCAAGUUUUGCCUUCCGAAUUUUGAUAAUAUCUUCUCCAGUCAGAGCAAAUGAGUGAGUGCCCAUUUAAGCAAGGUUGCCCACUUUGCGGAUGCAGGUUGGCGGCCCCGACUGCCGGUUUGCCAAGCAAUAACGGACGUCUUUGGUGAUACAUUGGCCAGUUUUUCUAUGACCUCGUAAUCCCUGUCAGGGGGAGGGGUUCCUGCGUGCCUGUGAAAUGCCAUUUUGAAACUCGGUGUAGGGCAAGGGCUUGUCGAUGGGCUGCAUAGACAUGUGAAAUUGGGGCUUUAGUUAGAUGUCAGGCAAGCGGCUUUCUCGACCAAGACUCACUUAAUCUGUGUUUUGGAAUUACCUUCCUUCUUUUUGUUAAAUUAAAUUUCUCAUUUUCUUCCGGGGUUUAGAUCAAGAAGCAGAACAUGGAGCGACGACGAAGAGCCAGUAUUUCUGACAAAAUCAGUUCAAUGUACUAUCUCGCUUCCUCAAUGAUUGGCGUGGAUGUAAGUAGAAGCUUGUCACUUACGUUCUUUCUUCUAAAGUUUACAUGUAUCACGAGGAACGACUGGAAUAUGAAGAAACAAGUCCAGUUAAUCCGGAUCGGCUGUAGGAUAGAGCAGGAGUACUAAAAGGGUUCAGAUCAAGCACUUUGUUUGUCUGGAAUGGGCGGUUUCUCUGUCAAAAGAUUGGAGUUUCUGUUUUAUUUAGUCGCGUUUCCGAAUUUCUGAGCAGACCUGGAUUAUAUGCGUUGCUAGUCUACCUACAGCCCGUUUUGUUUAGUCUUUUUCAAAGUCAAUGUCCGAAUCUGGGAUACAUUAUUCGACACAAACCUUCGGCCAGACACGUUUCCAGGGUUUUGACUAAUACACAUGCUAGCGUUCACAUACCACCGCCUGUGGGUUGGCAGAAUAUGACUUUCACGCUUUUAUUCCACUGAUCUAAUGGAUUCCAGCUCAGACACACGGAUCGAAUCGAUGAAUUUACUUUAAGUUUGUGCAUUUAUUUUUUCGGAAAAUCGAAACUCCUAACUUAAAAAACUUAAGUUUUCGCUAGAAAGCACAUAUUGGACUCUGGUGGGCUGAUGUCAUGCAGCGGUACAACAUCGAAGAAGCGCGUGCCUGGGUGUAUGAAAAAUCAACCAGUCUUCUUUUUGCCAUUUACUGACAUGCAUAACACUACCGUGAUUGUGUUCCCACCACCACAUGUGUCUGACCGUUUUGUUUUCAGCAUGGCUAUCGCGUGGGGAAAACUCUUGUCGCUGCAUUGCGGCAUCGCCAUAGCGGCCUUAUCGGAGGUCAGUGAGGCAGUAGGACUACCGGUUAGGCUUCGUGCCGGUCGGGCAGCCGAGACCGAGUAACCAUUGGAUGCAUUAUCGAUCCUUUAUUUUUCACCCUAACUCCGGCGUACAGGCCCCGCGACAUUCGAUCGUUAUUGCGCGCAGCUUGUUCACACAAUCGCGUGCCCUGGCAACCAGCGCGUGAACAUCGAUUUAGCUGUACGAGGGCAUGCACCUGGGGUCCUAUCGGCCUGGCAACUCGUGGCACUGAGUCACGCACUCUGUUGCUGACGCCGUUGGCCCUAAAUUUCGAUCGCGUGGCCUCGCACAUUAACGCUCUAACGCCGUUUUUUUUUUCAUUAUUACAGUCGCACCGACAGCAACCGCAGAAGGUCGAGAAGGCAGACAUUCUGAGUUUCUGCCUUGGCGUUUUGAACGGUUUCUCGGAGCUCCUACAGACCCGACCAGACCUACAGGAGAAGGUUAAAAAUCUCUACAGUCUCGUCAAGGACAGCCGACCUGCUGUGCCAGAAGAGCAGUCCUCCGGAACGAAUCCGCCACCAGGACCAGUAUCACCCCACAGGACGCCUGCCACAGAGGCCGUAAGAAGGCCCUCAGUCGCCGACAGCGGUAUUGAGGACUGCAGUGUACUUGACCUCUCCAAACCACCAGCCCCGGUGGAGCCACAGGCGCGAGACGUCUCCUUUACUAUUUCUCCCAUUGCAAUACGAUCGCGAGACGAGUGUACCGCGUUGCCCCUUCGGUUUCGAAUUAAACGCCACAGGAAAUCGUCCCCCGAUGGUGGGACCCUUAACCCCACCUGUGUUCCCUGUCCUUCCGAGAACUCUGCAGUCCCGGGUAGAGCCCCUCUAUGGCGACCUUAUCUUGACUGA